AUUCUAUCGGCUUUUGACAGGAAAUUUCCCAGUCCGAACGGGCGUAAGGCAAAUGUAUGGAAAGCGUACCUGACAAGAGUUUUAUUAUGGGAGGAGCAGUUUACCUUACUGGCGUACGGAGAGCCGAAAUCACUAUCCCUAGAAUUGAAGAUGUCUGCCCUCCCAUUCCCGGCACUUACGCCACCGUCGGCAUCCGAGACGGCCCUGGCGUCAUACGAAGUUCGCUUUCGUCAUCCAGCAUACCCGAGAGACACGCCACCGCUACUUUUACUGUCAGCAGCCGACGGAAUCGGGAUUGAGUACGACUUGGCGGUUAUAUCCUGCUGUAUCAUUUGCGCGACCGAGUGGGACAAGGGCAAAUUGGCCACUAAAACUGCGGAUGACAAUGGAAACAGUGUCGCGGCCGUCGGACGGGAUCCUGCGCGGGCGCGAACAAGUACCCCGUCAUUCCUUCUUUCCACAACUGGCGUUUUCCACACGAUAAUUUACCUCCACUUUGGUCACAAUUGCAACUUCCCGAUUACAUUCCACCACCUUCAUUCAGGGGACGGAUGGCUGUUAAAGAGAGGGAUAGGAGCUGUCGCGUAUCUGGUUUUGAAGACGCCACGGAACAAGCACAUCUUGUUCCGGCACAGGAAAAAAAUUGGUUUAUUUCAAACGGGAUGGAGAGCCGUCUCGACGAUGGAUGACGACAGAAAAAUGCUCCUCUUGCGGCGGGAUGUGCACUAUCUCUUUGAUGGACGUCGGAUUGCGUUUGUGCCAAAGCAGUUUAUGUCCCAGCCUAUUCAACUGAUUGGGCAUGUGUUGGAGCCGCUCAAUUCGAUGCAAUUGGUCCACAUGUAUCACAAUCGCAAUCCGCAAGCCAUUCGAGGAGUAAGUAGGGAAUUUGCUUUCGCCCGGUUCGCCUGGGCCCUGUUCACAGAUGAACGGAUCAAGUUUUUCGGGUCUCACCGUCUUUACAAGGUUCUCGUGUGGGAUUCUGAGCAGGGUAGAACAGAGACGCGCGACAUUGAGGGCGCGGUAGUUCGUUCAGUAGCCGUUGUGUUCGAUUCAUCCAAGCGGUCACAAAGUCGAAGUGUGAGUCCCAAAAAAAGGUCAUUUGCCCAAGCUUUCGGGUGGGGUAUCGAGGAUAGUGAUGAGGAUGGAGUUAGCCCUGAGUCCGGGGAGGCAACACAGCCGCAGACAUUUGGGUGGGGGCAAUCGGCCGAAGAUCAGUGCAGGGGCCGCACGCCAUUUCGACGGGUAAGACAAGGGAGAAAGCAUAGUUUUGGGGACAUUUCCGACGGACUUUCUUCGGUAUCGUCUUCGCAGGUCGAAACUGACAUUCCCGUCACCCCGGAGAACAAACAAGCGCAUGGUGUCGAUCGGCCGAAACGUGCCAGAAAGACACCCGUUACCUCGGACACAACGAAAUCUCACUUUUCUGAUAUAUGA